AGCGAGGAAGGGUCCAGAGGCAGUGAGGGAAGGCCAGGACCAGGGCCAAGGCCAAGGCAGGCACGAUCGCCGAGGGGAUGAACUUCACAGUGGGUUUCAAGCCGCUGCUGGGGGAUGCACACAGCAUGGACAACCUGGAGAAGCAGCUCAUCUGCCCCAUCUGCCUGGAGAUGUUCUCCAAACCAGUGGUGAUCCUGCCCUGCCAGCACAACCUCUGCCGCAAGUGUGCCAACGAUGUCUUCCAGGCCUCGAACCCUCUGUGGCAGUCCCGGGGCUCCACCACUGUGUCUUCGGGAGGCCGGUUCCGCUGCCCGUCCUGCCGUCACGAGGUUGUCCUGGACCGACACGGCGUCUACGGCCUGCAGCGAAACCUGCUGGUGGAGAACAUCAUUGACAUUUACAAGCAGGAGUCCUCCCGGCCACUGCACACCAAGGCUGAGCAGCACCUCAUGUGUGAGGAGCAUGAGGACGAGAAGAUCAACAUCUACUGCCUGAGCUGUGAAGUCCCCACCUGCUCCCUCUGCAAGGUCUUCGGUGCCCACAAGGACUGUGAGGUGGCCCCACUGCCCACCAUUUACAAACGUCAGAAGAGUGAACUCAGCGAUGGCAUCGCAAUGCUGGUGGCAGGCAAUGACCGUGUGCAAGCAGUGAUCACCCAGAUGGAGGAGGUGUGCCAGACUAUUGAGGACAAUAGCCGGAGGCAGAAGCAGUUGCUAAACCAGAGGUUUGAAGCCCUGUGCGCGGUGCUGGAAGAGCGGAAGGGUGAGCUGCUGCAGGCGCUGGCCAAGGUACAGGAGGAGAAGCUGCAGCGGGUCAGGGGCCUCAUCCGCCAGUACGGAGACCACCUAGAGGCCUCCUCUAAGCUGGUGGAAUCUGCCAUCCAAUCCAUGGAGGAGCCGCAGAUGGCACUCUACCUGCAGCAGGCCAAGGAGCUGAUCAAUAAGGUCGGGACAAUGUCGAAGGUGGAGCUGGCGGGGCGGCCGGAGCCAGGCUAUGAGAGCAUGGAGCAAUUCAGGGUGAGCGUGGAGCACGUGGCCGAAAUGCUGAGGACCAUCGACUUCCAACCAGGCGCUUCCGGGGAGGAAGAGGAUGAGGAGGUAGCGUUGGACGGGGAAGAGGGCAGCGCGGGGCCAGAGGAAGAGCGGCCGGAUGGGCCGGAAGGACUGCACUGACCCGCCCCUGUUGGGGAGCCUGACUUUCGGGUGGUGAAGGAUCUGAACGGAGACCACCGCGCCACCCAGCUCGGCGCCCCGCCGCGGGGGAGGGGCUCAAUAAAGAGCUAAUGCG